AUGAAUACCGUCAACACCAACCUCCGCUCAACUAUAUUCCUAGGAGCACUCGGAAGUUCGCUUUUAGCCUACUACGCGCACAAGAGAUUUUCCCAAUUGGUGUUGAAUAACUUUCAACGCACGGAAGAAUGGGACCCGGAAAACGAAUUGGUUCUGUUGACAGGCGGCACAAGCGGAAUAGGAAAACAAUUGGCGGAAGAUCUUUCCAACCAACAACUCCACGUGAUAGUCCUCGAUAUCCAGAAGCCAACAUACACUCUCCCUCGCAACGUGAUCUUCUACCAAGCCGACAUCACAUCCUCCAAGGAAAUAUCCGAAGUAGCCCGCCUCAUUAAAACAGAACACGGCGACCCAACUAUUCUAAUUAACAACGCCGGCGUUUUCGAACAUGGAACAAUCCUCGAGAAGACAGAGGAAAAGAUUAGACGGACGUACGAAGUGAACAAUCUUGCCCACUACCUGUUGGUCAAGGAGUUUCUCCCGUAUAUGAUCCGAGAGAACCGCGGCCACGUCAUCACGGUAGCAAGCGUUGCUAGUUUCGUGGCCGUGGGCGAGAUGGUGGAUUAUUGUUGUUCGAAAGCCUCGGCGCUUGUUUUCCACGAAGGGUUGAGGCAGGAAUUGAAGUAUUGGUAUAAUGCGCCGAAUGUGCGGACGAGCAUCAUUCAUCCACUUUGGGUUGGGACGCCCAUGAUCAAGGGUUUCACAGAUCACCAAUCCCACUUCGGACAACCUAUUAUGUCCCCGAAGGCUGUCUCGGAUGUUAUCGUUGAGCAGAUCGUGACAAGGAGGAGUGGACAGGUUAUUCUUCCGGGGCAUCUUUCGUUAGCCGGGUCUAUUCGGGCGGCUCCGUUGUGGUUGCAGGAAUUCAUUCGGCCGGUGUUUUCGAAGAUCGUGCGGAGGGUCAGGAAUAUGCGCGACCCGCUGGUUUGA